AUGCACAGGUUGAUAUAUGGCAUCGCUUUCCUCAUAGUUUUACUUGUAAAUGAUGUAAUUUGCUCAGAACUGAUGGUCGAUGAUGAAUUUGUGGUAAUCGAUGGCAUAAGGGUGAAGAAAGACUCAAUAAGAAACGAAACUAGUGAUGGAAAUAGGAAGUAUGGCAAAAGGGAUAAAAAAGCAGAAAAAACUGAAAGUGAUGACGAAGAUCAAGACGAACAAGACGAAGAUGAUGAUGAUGAGGACGACGAUGAGGAAGAAAUCGACAUCAGUCAGGAGGAAGAUUUAGAAUCCACGAAACAUCUUCCAACAAAAUGUCACGGUAAGAAAAUGCUUUUGAAAUGUUUCUUUUACGUCAGUUUAAUUAAUAAAUGUAAUUCUACUUUCAGUUCGACUUACGUGAAGCAAUAAUUUUCUAAGUACACUUAUUACAGCAUUAGGAGAAAUAAAAAAAAAGGUGACAUAUUUCAAUAAUUGCAUAAUUCUAUCAGUUAUAUAAAUGUUGUCAAUGGAAUUCCUGAUCAUAUCAAAAUUUAAAUAUGACUUUGAAUGAAUGUAUUUUAAAGACGGACUACUGUCCGAACAAUUCGAUUCUUACACUUAUAUUUUUUAAACAAUUAGGAUUUUUUGUUUUACAUGGUGUUCUCUGCCAGUCUGUUAGUCUAACAGAGUUUGGUUGAUGUAUAUUACUAGGUCAAUUAGCAUUACUUGCUUUCGGAAUAUUAUGAUUCACGUGAAUUUGCAAAAGUUUCCAGUUGCCUCUAUGAAGAAAAAAAAUUCUCAUCCCACCCCUUACCUCCUUUCCUUUCUCUACCGCAUUGUCUGCCGCGUUCAUGUUGUUGUGUAGUCCUCCACCUCUGCUGGCUUCAAUAAAGUUGUUGUUGUUGUUGUUGUGUUAACAUGGGAUUCAAUCCGAGUAGAACUUUAUGAGAGUGGUUAUUGACAAUUUCUAUAGCCACUGAUUCCAUCUUGUUUAAUAAACUGUUAUCUAUAAGGGCCCUCGUAGAAAAGCGGCCUAGUUUCCCAGGUGGUUGCUCAUUCAGCAGCCGUUGGGAAAACAUAAACGGAAGAAACCGGUUGAUAUCGUUGCUCUAUGACUAGUGGAUAUGAUAAACUCUUCUAAACAUAAUACGAUAAUUUGUAACAUCUAGCAUAUGUCAUAGUUUGCAGGCUUUUGGCGGUGGAAGUCGAAAAUAAGCUCACAACAAUUGGUAAGGUCAGAAAAACUCAAGAAAACGGACCCCCGAUUUAUUACAAAGAGUAGGUGAUGCUUGUUUGUUGAAAUGUUAUUAAUCCAUUCUGUCUACCUUACUCUCUAACAUUACCCUAAUUCACGAAAGACCAAAACAAUGCCUGUGGUUUGCUGGCUAUAGUGAUAGUUUCAUCUGGUCAGAGACCUCUCCCUACCACGACGUUUUGUCAUAUUUAGCAAAAAAGGCAAAAGAAAUGAAAAUGGACUUGAAGGAGCAAAUGAAUUCCAACAAAAUGCUGUUUGCCUACAAAAUCAGAACGUGACAAUUAUGUAUUGUUGCUGCUCUGCUCUGUUCAGUUCAUGAUGGUCUCCUGCAAGGUUAAAUUGUUCUAGGGAGGAGGGCUGUUUCAGAGAGAAAAAAAGUCAAGAGUUUAACUACUUGUUUCCUUAGCAAAACAAAAGUAUCGUGGUUUGUUGAGAAUGCAAGGGAAGAGGGAGUGUUCAGUGGGUUUGUUAAACUAGUGUUUCCUCAGUUGAGCCAAGACUGACGUAUAUUUUUUUCUUAAGAAAAAAAUUCGAAAAAACUGCCCUCUGUUUAAACUCUCAUGUAACAACACUAACACGGUGUUUCUUGCUUUAUCAUAUUCGUCUUUGGCAGAAAAAUAGUUAUCCUGAAAGUAACUGAAGACUUCUGUGAUUCCAUAAAAAAAUACAACAUCAGGGCUAAGCAUCCAUUCAGAUACAAACGAGGAGGUAGGAUUAAAUUUAUUUGUUCCCGCUCCACCGUCUCUGGUGCUACUUAAAAUAAGUUUUUUCCAUCAGCAAUCUGACCAAAAAGGACGAAAAUAGAUACCGUUUAAAUUCUCUCCCUGUCUUGUGCCUAGGCCUUUUUUGAGUUAUUCGGAGGUAGUCGUAGCGCAAGGGUUCAUGGGUAUUUUUGGUGAGCGGCGGAAAGCAUCAAAAACACAACUGCUGCCAAAAUAUUCUUAAAAAGCAUGGGUACGAGACAGUAGUUCUCUCGUCUCCAGAGACCUCAGAGCGGCGGGAAAUCAAGCUGAGAGAGAUUAUUUGAAGCACAUUGACUGAAAAUGACCCUUGCAUCCGACUGUAGAAAAGACCCUUGAAGGUCAUUCUGGUUCAAUUCAGGACCAUUAGGUCAUUAAUUUCAGGUCCUCUAAAUCUGUUAAAGACGGCCUUAACGCUUUGUAGCCUGCGAACACAGCCGUCUCUCCUCUAUCCUUGCCGCUAGGGACCAUUCGUCUCUCGAGUAGUCUAACAUGCUCUCUAGCAUAAAUACGGCAGUACUCAGUUGAAAGCUAAAGGGUGCUGUAUUUUUGUUAUGCCAGCAAAAAGCUAUUACCGUAAACACAUCGAAGAAGUAACCAAAGAAUCCAAAAUCCAGAAAUGGAUGUUUGCGACACCUGAAGAAGAUAUAGAUGAUCCUACUGGCGAAAUAAGGCGGCUCAAAAAACAGGUACAGAGAAUUCUACAAGGGGUUAGUGGGAGAAGUAAGUUAUAUCUUGGAGUAAAAAGCAAGUUUAAGACGUCCGUCUGUAAAGGAAUAUUUUGCAUUGCUCAAUAACAACUACAUCAAGUGUAAACGUAUAUACGGGGUGGGGGAGUUGUCUUUCAUGAUACAGGCAAGGACUAAUAAGGGUUAAUAACACGAUAAGUCAGAAUUAGUCAAAUUAGAUAAGGAUUAACCUUACUUAGGGUAAGAAUAACGAACUAUUACCUUAGGCAAGGUUAGGUAAAGAUUAUUUAAGAAGUACGACCCGUUAAUCUGCUAAAUUCAAUAAGGAUUUUAAUCGUGUUUUCACUUCUUACUAGUGUCAUGACAUGUUAGUGGAAACACAAGAAUUGCUCAUCCAUUGGUUUAUGAAAGCGCAAUCACGUGAUCUGACUAAGUGGCUCUGUGCUAAAAGAGUGUUGCGUGACGACAAUCAAGGUUAGUUACACUAAUUCCACAUCCAUGCCUCGAGGAGCGUGCGAUACUGCCCAGAAAGGAUUGGACCUUCAAAUUUUUUCGCGAAUUCUACAGUUUUUAAGGCCCCCAGUGCUUUAGCUUGGCUAUCAAAGUCAUUUUUCAAGAAACAUUUUUCUGAUUUACGAAGAAAAUUUUCAAUGAUCUAAUGCAAAAUAAUAACGUGGUCAAAGUGAAAGCCUGGAUACGAAGCUGAAUGCGUGAGAGUAGAAACAAUUGAAAUUAAAAUGGAAUGAGUUGAUUAACGAAAUGCCUUUUUUUUCUCGAUUUAGAUUGCCUUCAAGUCGAGAUGCCAAAAUCCAACAGGGUUCCGGCAUUGAGACCAAAGACGCCAAAGACUGAAGCAAAAAGUGUUUCUCAUGAGGAGCUGUAA